AUGCCGGCUCCGUCGGCCGCGGUGUCAUCAGGGGGCGAUUGCGUGUUCCAUUCGCCGGCGUUCGUUUCGCGCGGGUGGCGCGGGGACGGGCCCGCAGCGGAGGUGGACCACGCACCCGGAGCCACGGCCCCCGCAGAGCCGCUCUGGACGCCGACGCCAGAUGGGCAGAUCGAGGCGAUACCUCUCCCUGCGUGGGUCUUCACGAAUCACGCGAACGAAGGCCCGGGGCACCACGAGCGCGCGCCGCCGGGCGGGGAGAAGUACUUUGCGCGCAAGCUGACUCUGGCCCGCCUGGUGUCGCACAACAUCUUUGAUAGCUGGGACGACGACGGGGUGUCCAGCGGGCCGUCGACGCCGUUGCGGCCGAGCGCCGUCGUCGCCGAUACGGAGACGAACGGCACGGAGGCGUUCGGGACGGAGCCGAGCGGGGCUGAGCCGAGUGCGCCGCUGAAGGCUGAGCCUGUGGCGGCGUGUGCGCUGCAGCGGGCGUCGGUGACGAGCGACGACGGGGCCGAGGCGCUCGCAGUGUUCGAGAUCGAGAGGGAGAAGAUACGCGCGUACAACAGGAUAUACGGAGCGAGCGUGGAGCAAGCGGCGGAGCUGCCGCUGCUGCCGGUCGCGCCGUGGCACGAGGGGGAGUCGGGGUACUUGGGGUCUCUGACAGCGAGUCAGACUGCGGCGCUGGAACACCUCCGGGCGCGGUUUCCGGUGUCGCAGCUGAUGCACACGGACCACGACAUGCUGCGCUUCCUGCGCGCGCGCGACUUCGACCAGAAGGAGACGGAGAGAAUGUAUCGGAAAUUCCUAUCUAAGUAUCUCGCGGAGAUGCAGGUCUCGCCGAGCCCGGUCGUGCGCCCGAUCUUCUGCUACCCGACCGAGCUCCUGGACCAGAUCCAGCGCGUGCGCGCGCGCCCCGGCGCCCUGACUCAGCGGCUGCGGGGGGUGUACGGGACCUACAUCCAGGCGGUGGUCAUCGGCACGUGCAGGGGGGGCCGGCCCGUGAUUUGGCAGCGGGCGAAGGAGACGCUGCGGCGGCGGUACGGGCACCGCACGAGCCUGAACGACAGGCUGCUGCUGCAGGCGUCCUCGCAGGAGGCGGUGCGGCUGAUGUGCCACAUGGAGUCGGCCGCGCGCGGGUACAACGUCGAGGACGUGAUCAUGGUGCUCGACAUGGCGCACGUGUCGCCGGUGGGGAUGCUCAAGCACCUGACGUCACCCGCGACGAAGCAGGAGUCCGGCGUCGCUCUGGACUUCUUCCCGGAGACGCUCUCGAAGAUCCUCAUCAUCAACGUCCCGCGCGGCUGCGGCAUGCUCUGGAACGUCGUGUCAAUACUCCUCCCCCCCAAAACCAAACGCAAGAUCAGCAUGGUCGGCGGGAACCCCGGAAAGACCCUCUGCGGCCUCAUCGGGGCGGAGAACGUUCCCGCGAUGUACGGCGGGGAUCUCGAGUGGGAGUGGCCCGAGAUGCGGGACGUGGGGGAGUGGGAGGACUUUUGCGCCAGGUCCGCCCAGCUCGAGGGGAGGGGGGAGUUAUUCUCCGACUCAGGGGACGAGGACGGGCCCGGAGGGGAGGGCUUCGACGCGGAGGGCGCGCUCCUGGGCCCGUUCGCGUCGCCGCGUGUGUCGAUCGGCAUGCCACCGAGCCCCCUCGACCGGGCACGUGACGACGGAGCCCGCGCGCGCCCCACAGUGCCAGUGCCGGCCUGA